AUGUACUCCUUGUUUCGUUCGACCGGCGGGGAUUGCUGGGAGAGGAGAGACAACUGGGACACAGCCGCUGAGCUAGAAACAUGGUUUCGCGUCGAAGCCAACAACGAGGGCCGCGUCGAAAAGCUCUGCCUCAACAACAACAACCUCCGAGGUCUCAUCCCACCGGAUCUAGGAAACCUCGCGGCACUCAGGCUCCUCUACCUUGGAGGAAACCAGCUUAACGGUUCCAUCCCUAAGGAACUGGGAGCCCUGUCGGAGCUCGAGGAUCUGUCCUUGUGCAACAACCAACUCGAAGGCCCAAUCCCAAAGGAGCUGGGCAACCUGAACGCUAUGGCGCAUCUGAAUCCCAGCUACAACAUCCUCAGUGGGUCUAUACCGCCGGAGCUUGGGAAGCUGGGCGUUCUACGAGAACUCUGGAUGUCUCACAAUCACCUGAGCGGGUCCAUCCCCGAGGCGCUGGGACUUCUGAGCAAUCUGGGGGCUAUUCUCCUCUCAAGCAACCAGCUUACUGGUGGGCCGAUUCCCAGCCAAUUGCUCCGGUUGCUUGACACCCUCACCGGUGCUCAAGGAGGGAUUUCCCGUAGGGCUAUCAUCAAUCUCGAUGAUAGUCCAUGGACUGAGCCGCCAGAGUCCAUCGCGGCCGAAGGUCCACAGAUGAUCAGAGACUGUUUUGAAGACCUGUAUGCUGAACCUUGCCGAGUCCAGCGCAGCAGCGUCAAGGUUAUUCUUGUUGGGCAAGAAGGCGCAGGGAAAACGAGUAUGAAGGCUAACGAAGCAACUCCCACCGGUGAGUGGAAGGAGGAGAGCACUGUUUUUGCGGACGUGGAAGGCAUGGAGCUACAAGGUUCAUUUGUUCGGGUAUACGAUUGCGCCGGACAGCUGCAGAUGUACCUGACGCCACGGGCUGUGUGCGUGCUAGUAUGCAACGCGGAAUCUUUCGGACAGCAGCGAGGUCGCGAAACCGGUGGUCACGUUACGGGCGACUGCCGCAACAUGGAAGAACUGCGAGUCUGCCCUUGGCUGCGAUCGAUCUCUCGACGCGUUCCCGACAACGACGUCAUCCUCGUCGCCACCAAGUGUGAUUUGGCAGGCGAGAACACCAGGGACAUUGGCAGAAGAAUUGGGCAUGCGUGUCGAACGUGGCUUUCGAGCUGGGUUCGCGAUGGUAUGUAUCCCGUUCGGUUGGAGCGCGGAGUUUGCCUCGCGAGCUGCCGCCCGAUAAGAUUGAAUGAGCAUGGUGAAAGAAGCGCUGGGAACGAAGUGUUGCAGGGGGGAUGGGCAUGCGACUGGCGAGACAUGGAAGCCGAUAGCCCCUCGCCCAGUUUGAUCCACCGGCUCGUCAACAAGCCCGACCGGGGUGGUCUUCGAGGAGCUCGGAUGGUACUUCCUCGCAGCUGGGAUAUCGCCCUUUCUGUUCUGGAAGCCCUCGAGCUUGGACGAGAUCCCGUGGAGAUCGUAGUGCAGAAGCUAGCUGACAGAGAAGGCGUGACGGAGACGGCAAGAGGUAAAGCAGUCGUGUAUCAAGGGAUUACUGUUGAGGACCUCAACACCAAAUGGCAUGAUACAGCUGACGAGCUUGCGAGGAGAGGGAUCACGGUCACAAAUGCCGAGAACGCCUUGAAGGGAGCUCUUUCAAUGAGAAUACUAAAACCCUUGCUCAACCACAAGGACGAGGAGACCUUCGACGGCUUUGUCAACCUUGGGGACACAGGUGACGCGCGUAUCACCCUCGGGGAUCCAUCGGACAUCGCUUCGUGGGCCAGGUUCAAGAACGAGCGCGUGCUUGAGCCCAGGCUAGCACGUACGAUGUGGCCUAAUGGUCUGUCCGAGUACGUUUUCCCUACUCUUGCAUCCUUGGGUCUGACGCUCCCUCUCGAAAGCGAUCCUGUUGGGGGGCUGGUAGUCCUGCUAAGGCUGAAGAAAUCUCGCCCCGAGCGUGUGAGGAAAGUGAUGCACACAUUUUGCUUGGACCACACUCCGGCAUUAAGCGCCACUCAGAUAUACGGCGAAAUCGGCACUCCAGCUCCGUGGGUGGCGCUAUCGUAUGUCACAUCUGCUGCGAGGUUGAUGCUGCUGGAUUUUUCAGGGCUGCGCUCGAGAGGCUAUCUGAAGUGUCCUCAGCAUGGCGACGGGAUGCUGUUGACCAACAAGGCGACUCGUGCUGGAGGCAACCUGCUUGAAGGCAGUGGGUGCCCACAGUGCAGUCCCGACACCAAGGGGCUUGGGGCCGCGGCCAUCGAGCUGAUGCGCAUGAUAGACAUCCGACUGGACCUAGACGUGAUUGCCAUGGAAGUCAAGGAGAGGUUUGUCGAUCUCGUGGGUCGGUACUCCUUUCCAUCCCAAGUGGAAAGUAUCCUGCGCCUCAAGAACUUGCAGGCUCCGGCCUACAUGUACCCUCGCCUUGUGCGCGACAUGAUGCUACACUUCUUGUGCCCGGUGGACAUGACCAUAGUGCCGUGUGGCUAUGGUGGGGAAGGGUAUCGGUUGCGGAAGACACGUGACUGGGUCGAGAAACUAUCGCCCGUGCUUCAGGUGGCCAUGGUGACCGCAAAGGUGGCGCUCAAAGCGGCGUCAGGACUGGAAGUUGAUCUCUCGCAUUUCCUGAAGGACAUGCAAGAUGAGUUGGUCGAUGAGCUGGUCGACCGAAUUCUCGACGAGGACGCCCUCUUUCGUGUUUUAUCGGGUGAGGAGGACAUCGACGCCAACAUGCAAACGGAAACAAUGACCUCGUAUGAAGCGCUGAAGACAUUCAUGGACCAAGAACAACGUGAAAGGCGAAAGAACGCCAGGGAUGGUGAUGGCUACGUAGACUUCAGGAAAAAAAUGAAGCGCGUAUCCGACGGGAGCGGGGGGAUGGUAUGGGUUAGGAACGAAAAUGUUCAAAGGUGGUUGGACUCACAUCCGAACGCUGCACCAUUGUGCGAGAUGCGGGGUCAUUCGGGGUGCAGCAUCAUGCGCAACUAAUCACCAUAUUUAGGCGAAAGCUCAGGUACGGAAAUGUGUCAACGCACACAUUUUUGUAAGCAGUUGGCGUUUGUGAGUGUGGUACUGUAGUCUUGGUGCUGUAAACCAUUCCAAGUCGGGUACUCCCUGCUUCCAUCGAUUGUGGCGCCUGCACAGGUGUAGCGUCACGGUUAAGCGUGUCACGCGUAACCCUAACGCGUAGUGCUCUCUCAACCUGGUAGGUUUGGCCAUCGAUAUAUCAUUUGUUGUCAUACAGGCUAUCCACCAGA